AUGGUGCAGACACCAAGAGGUCAGUCCUCGAAGUUAAAGCCUGGAGCCUCCAAUGUUCAGGAUCCAAAAAUAGGCACCAAAACUGGAAGUAUGAGUCCUAAGGGUUUCGAGGCCAAACAUAACCCACAAAGGAGAGUGCAUCACUGCUUGAAGGCAGGGUCAAAGGUGACCAUUGGAGCCCCUCCCUUCCUCGGUGCUGCCUACGGAGGUGGCAGCCAUCUCCUACCCGGCAUCAUUGCUGCCCUCAGACCCCUCAUGAAACCCAAGAUUGUCAAAAAAAGGACCAAGAAGUUCAUCCGGCACCAGUCAGACCGAUAUGUCAAAAUUAAGCGGAACUGGCGGAAGCCCAGAGGCAUUGACAAUAGGGUGCAUAGAAGAUUCAAGGGCCAGAUCUUAAUGCCCAACAUUGGUUAUGGGAGCAACAAGAAAACAAAGCACAUGCUGCCCAGUGGCUUUCGGAAGUUCCUGGUCCUUAAUGUCAAGGAGUUUGAAGUGCUGCUGAUGCGCAAUAAAUCUUACUGUGCUGAGAUUGCUCACAUCUCCUCAAAGAACCACAAAGCCAUUGUGGAAAGAGCAGCCCAGUUGGCCAUCAGAGUCACCAAUCCCAAUGCCAGGCUGUGCAGCGAAGAAAAUGAAUAG